CGUUCCGAAGAUAUUGCUUCUAUUUUUGAACGUGCUAUCAAACGUGAGCAACAAUAUGAACAAAAUCGUAUGAAUACACGAUGUGUUGUUUUCUUAGAUGAAGCCUCAUUACCUAAUGAAAAGAAAAUGGUCUUAAAAGUAUUACAUCCUUAUUUAGACGAAUGUAAAGUAGCAUUUGUGGCAAUUGCUAAUACAGCAUUUGAUGCAGCUAAUGCUAAUCGAAUGAUUUGUAUUUAUCGUUCAUUACCAUCUGAAGAUGAUCAAAAAAUUUUAGCCUAUGGUUGUUUGGGUUUACAAUUAGAAAAACGACAAUCAACUAUUGAUGAUCGUCUUGAUAAGAUAAUUUAUGGUUUAUGUCAUGGUUAUCGACGAAUACUUUAUUCAUUAGAUAUUCCUCAUAUAUUUCAUGAUCGUGAUUUUAUCUAUAUUUUAUUACGAGCAUUAGAAGAUAAUUUUAAUGGAAUUCGAAUGGAAGAAUUUGAUAAAUUAGUUGAUAUAUUUGCUACAGCUGUUGGAGAACAAUGUUCUGAUUUUCGAACAUUAAUCACCGAAAAACAACAUAUUCAACGUAAUAUUCCAACAAUUCUAUGUAAUUCAAUGAAAUUAGAUCCAAUACAUCGUCGUCUUUAUGGUAGAUAUAAAUUAAUAAUUGAUGAAUCUGAAGAUGAAAGUGCUGUUCAUCUUCUAUUUCAAUUUGGUAUUCUUAAUUCUGAUCCAAAUCGAACGACUGUUUUUCGUAUGUCUGAUUUUCCUGAUGAUAUCAAUAAUGAAUUACGAAAUGUUGAAAUUUUAUCAAAUAUUAAAUUAUGUAUGGAAACAGGUAAAACUAUUUUAAUGAUUAAUACAGGUCGUAUUCAUGAUUCAUUAUAUGAUGUUUUUAAUCAAAAUUUUUCUAUAAUGGCUACUGAAGAAAGUAGAAAAAUAUUUUCUAAAGUAUCUAUUGGUCCAAAAACAAUCGAUGUUAUUGUACAUGAAAAUUUUCAAUGUAUUAUUCAUAUUAAACGAAGUGAAUUUAAAGAUAUUCCAGCACCAUUUUUAAGUCGUUUUCAAAAAUAUUCUUUAAGUAUAGAAGAUUUUUAUACAAUUCAAUUAAAAGAAAUUUCUAUUGAAGAACAAAAUUUUAUGAAAAAUAUUGAAAUAAAAAUUCAAUCAUUUAUUGAUCAUUUUGGAAAAGAAUAUUUCUAUGGAUUUAAUAAUGAAACAUUAUAUUCAUAUCUUUUAUUAUUUAUUAAAAAAUAA